CUCCCUUUAAAAAUAGUAAUCAUGAUUCCCUUUUCGGAAAUUACAUUGAUAAUUUCUUUUUAUGGAAAAUCAAAAUCAAUUAUCGGCAAAUUAUUAAAAUAUGAACAAAUUUAUUUUGAUAAAUUUAUUUGAAUUUCUACGAGAGCUAGCAUUGAGUUGGGUAUAGUGAUUGGAUACAGAACAAAAUGGCUGACCAGGCGGGGAUGGGAGGGAAGUUCAACGCACAGGAAUGCGUCAGGAUGGACAGUUUAAAAUGCGUCAGUAAACCUCAGGAGAAGGCAUUACUGUACAUGCAAAAGAAAGAUUUACAAGGAUUUACUGACUUUAUCAACACACAAGAGGUAGAGGAUGGUGCUGGUGAGCUGACCCAUUGGAUAAAUCAGCCAGUUGACGAGGAAGGGGCCAACCUGGUGGAGAUAGCUGUAAGAGAUGGACUACUGGGUGAGCUACGAGCCCUCCUAGGUUGCGGGGCUCGAAUUGACCUAGUGGGAGCAGGAAGCGGGUUGACCCCUCUUCACGUAGCGGUCAAACAUAAUAGAAACAACAUACUCAAACUUCUGAUAGAAUCAAGACCUGAAGUUGAUAUAAACAUAGUUUCCAGUUCUUUUACUGGUGGUUAUACACCCCUACAUACUGCUGCAGAGAUUAAUAAUAUUCAGGCUUUACAGUUCAUACUUCAACACGAUGAUGUUGAUGUUGAUGCGAAGGAUAUCCGAGGUUCUGUGACCCCUCUUCUGCUGGCGGUCAAAGGAAAGCAUAUCCAGGCCGCUAGAUGUCUCAUUGAGAAUGGAGGGAACCUUGACCAUAAAGCAGGACCUAAAACAAUUCGUCAGCAUAUAAUCUCCGAUCUACCUGACCUCCAGCUACCCAUAGAGGUCAAGAGGUCAAGAGCUUUAAACCUGGAGGUCGUGGAUAAUAUUUUCAUGCUUUUGAAGAACACUGAGUUGGGUUCAACUGAAUACUCAGCACAAUUUGGACAGUUUAAAACAUAUAUGAGCUGUUUCCGGAAGGUGAGUGAGCAGGAUAUGGUGAAGGUUGUCUACCUGGCUUGUGAGAAGGGUCUAUGGGAGCAUAUCAGCCUUCUCUUGGAGAAUAAAAUAAACCCUGAUUGCUGUCCCCAUGGUAUUCUUGAAGCAGGCUUCUAUGGGCAUUUCAAGGUUUUGGAGAUUUUCAAAAAGUUUGGGGCGAAUUUUGGAAUAAGUAAAGAAAAAGAGACAUUGCUGCACAGGGUGUUGAGAAUGGAAUAUCAGAACAGAAAUAAAGAGGAUUUUGAAAAAUGUUUAAAAGUACUAAUCGGGAAUCCACAGGAUAGAGUUGGGUUGUGUAUGAAAAGAUUGAUUAACCGAAUGGAUGGAUUCGGAAAUACAGCUCUACACUACGCUACGCAAUAUUGGACACAGAUAACUGUGAGGGAGUUACUUGAGUUAGGAGCUAAUAUUGGUAUGAAGAACGAGUGGGGGGAACUACCUAUAUCAAGGAUACGUCCUGACACAAUGGAACAGUUUCUAGAUGAUUUCUGUUUAACUAGUUCAGGAGAUAUUGUGCAAGAGAACUUUCAAAUCACAUUCAGAUAUGAUUUCCUGGCACCCAACGAGGAUGCCCUGCCUGAGAAGUUUCGAGGUCGUAAUCUCGAGGACGCAAAGGAAAACCUUAUCAUUGACAAAGAUAUUGGGGAGAGAAGAGCAGCUCUACCUGAAACUGAACCAUUAUGGUACAUGAGCAGGAGUAAAGAACACAGGUUUCUACUGAAGCAUCCUGUAAUAACAAGUUUCCUCUGGUACAAGUGGGGUAGACUGCGUACAUACUUUAAUAGAAAUCUCAGGUACUAA